AUGCGCCGGCGCACUUCUCACAGGGGCCUUCACAACCUGUUGCUAUUGGUCGGUGCUGCCAUUUCCAUGGGAGGCAUCGCAAUCUGGUCCAUGCAUUUCAUUGGAAAUAGAGCGAUUUACAUCCUUGACGGCCGCGAAGAUCUCCAAAUCGCCUACUCUACGGGCAUGACCGUCUUGUCAUUACUUGUUCCCAUUUUCGUGCUCCUCCUCGCCUUUCUGGCCGUCAGCGUCAAUGGUCGAAUCCGCUGGUGGCGGAUAGGCCUCGCGGGCCUCUUAUCUGGCGGUGCCAUCUGCGGCAUGCACUAUUUGGCCGAUGCGUCCAUAAGCAACUAUCAAACCUCCUACCAAAUUGGCUAUGUUGUUGGCGCAGCCCUCAUUGCUGUGUCUGCCACUGUCUCUGGAAUGCACUGGUGCGCCGCCGUCGGCACCAGCUACCGGCUGCUUCAGGUACAUUCCGUCAAGGAAGGCAUGUCUCGGCGUGAGACGUUGAUCAUGGUGAUCUGCUUGUCUGUUGCCGCCUGUGCCGUCAUGACCAUAAGCGGCAUCUAUUCCGGUUGGAUCAGGAGAGACUAUGCCAGCAAGUCACAGCAGGUCGUGCUGGCUGCAGCCGUUUUCGAUGAGGAAGGCAGGAUAAUGGUGAACCAGGAAGGCUUUCUUCCCAGCGAAGUGGUCACAGACACCUUCGUAUCAAGAUCGCAUAACGAAGUAUUUGAUACUACUCAUCCGCUCUUUCACUGGAUGUACCGUGCGUCUCGAAACUGGACCAGCGUCGCGGCCCUGACCGAUAAGAUGGCAAAUCAUAUCGGCCACCUGUCGCAAGACAGGUACAACAGCAGGAUGCGAGUCAAGCUCGUGGAGGAGGACGGGUCGUUGGUGCGGCACUACGACCAUCUUAUUUGUGAACUUUUUAGCCUCGCCGCUCUCGCCUUGGCUUACAAAAUGAAGGAUGUUCUCGUCCAUGCUGGCACAUUAUGGGAAGAAAUUUUCGCCACAGGCAACAAUACGAAUCACGCCUCCUCGUCCCAGCUUGACUCCGCAACACCCGGGCGUUCCCCUCAGCUGCAAAGGGGGUUCAGAGACAAAUCAAUACUUGAAGGUCUGGCUGAAAAGGGGCUCGCCCCAAUGCAUCAACAAUACGGCCGUGGCUGUCUCAUGUUCCUUGUCCGCCACAUCAGCUCCAGGAGAGACUUGGACAAGCUGGAAGCGGCCGGUUAUCGAUUUGCAGAGGUGCGCCAUGUGGUUGGCAGCAUCCGGUCUAGCAUGCAAAUCAUGAAUCCUGAUUUUGCAUCGAGUUUGAACAGCAUGUCGUCAAAUCGCAAAAGGGGCGCCACCCUAAUUCCCGGGGUUCAUCUCGGGAUAUUUGCAAUUCGAGCAAGGCUCGACCACUGCGGAUUUGAUGUCCUUGUCCAAAAAGAGGCCAAGAACCUUCUUCCUACCGCUGCGUUACCCCUGGAACGGCUCGAGCCGUGGCAGGUAGAGUUCAUCACCCGCCUUCGGGGCCUUACUCCAUCGGCCAUCGUCGGCAAGCUCAGCAGCGACGGUGGCCUUUCUCCCCGUCAAGCCAGGUUUGCCUGCCAUCAGCUGGUCUACGGAGACUCGCCUCACCAUGUCGAAUUCUCCCACCUGGUGCACCGUGAGCUGUCGUCCAUCCUGCACAAUAUCCCUUCGGCAAAUUUCUACAAGAAUCCGGGCAGACCAUCCUCACGCCGUGCCCAUGCUUGGAUACAGAAGAUUCGAGUUGACCGUGGCCAUAGCCGGGGUGUCAGUCUGCAGCUGUCGGCAAGGAGUCAAGAGCAGUUGUCGACGGCCGCCUUCAGCCAUAGCCCGCCACGCAACUUCAGUGAUAGGAUCAGCUUCGAUGAAUGCCAUAAGGGCCAUUCCGCAAGCAUUUCAUCGCCUGCUAUUCGUACGUCGCCUACGACGCAGACCGUGGAUGCUACUCCCCAAGGCCAGGACAAGCAGCUUUUUGGUGGCAUUAUGGUAUCCCAACAGAUUAUGGUUGAUGUUCAGGAGGUGAGUUAUGUAGCAACUGCCGCAAGACUUGCUAGCUGA